AUGUCCGCCUCGUCUGACAGUCCCAGCAACCCCCAAGACCCGAACCGCCAACCGCAGACCGGUCUCUGGGCCGGCCACGCAGAAUACAUCAAGGGCGCAGCCGAGAGCACAAUCGGCAGCCUGACGGGCUCCGAGUCGUGGCGGGCGUCGGGCGCGCAGGACAAGGCGCGCGCGCGCGCGGCGCUGCAGACCGCGCUCGAGGGCCGCGACCCGGCCAAGACCGGCUACGGCCGCGCCGAGGAGCUCGCCGGCCGGCUGACCGGCUGCGAGGGCAUGCGGCAGGAGGGGGCGGCCAGUAAGAGU